GCCGUCUCUCUCUCUCUUCCUCAUUUCCUCUCUCUUCAAAUCUCUCUUUCUCUCUCUAAGGGACUCGUAACGUCUUGCGAAAGCCUUUAGUCUCUUCCUCUCUCUUCGCCUACGGUCACUUUCUCUCUCUAAACCUACUAAGACCCUCCUCUCUCUCUCUCUCUAGGAAUGUAACGAUCUUCAAGGGCCUUCACUUUCUCUCUAACCUUUGCUCUCCCUCUCUCUCACCUCUGUGAAGGUUUUGGCUUUGCUUCUUUCUGUAAUCGUCUAUGCUUUGAGCUCUCUUCUUCCCGCCAUUUUCUGGACCUGAAGUGAUUGAGUUUUUGGUUUUCAAAUAGAGAUAUGGGCGUUGUUUGGGAUGAGGAAAUUCGAGAUUUCGAGAUGUGAUUGUAGCGAGAAAGGAGAAGAUGGUGGCCGUGAAAACUGAGCAUGACUGUGUAGAGAACAAGCAACCUGCUGCAACUUCGAGCUCUUCGGUUUCUGAUGGCAACUGUUCUUGUGUACAGAAGCCUUCAUGUCGGUGUAGCCCUACUUCAUCGUCUCCUUCUCACUGGAGGAGAGCUAGUGGUCCCAUAAGGCGUGCAAAGGGGGGUUGGACACCCCAAGAGGAUGAGAUAUUGAGGAAUGCUGUCAAUUAUUUCAAAGGAAAAAGCUGGAAGAAAAUAGCUGCAUAUUUCCCACAUAGAUCUGAAGUUCAAUGCUUACAUCGAUGGCAAAAGGUUCUCAAUCCAGAGCUUGUGAAGGGACCAUGGACCAAAGAGGAGGAUGAUAUGAUCAUUAAACUGGUUGAAAAAUAUGGAGCAAAGAAGUGGUCUGUUAUAGCUCAGUCUUUACCAGGUCGCAUAGGCAAGCAAUGUCGGGAGAGGUGGCAUAAUCAUUUAAACCCUGAAAUAAAGAAAGAUGCAUGGACAGUUGAAGAAGAGCUGGCACUCAUUCGUGCCCACCAGAGUUAUGGGAACAGAUGGGCAGAAAUAGCAAAGUUUUUACCUGGAAGGACGGAUAAUUCAAUAAAGAAUCACUGGAAUAGCUACUUAAAAAAGAAGUUGGAUGUGUAUCUGGCGACUGGGCAGCUUCCACAGUGUCAGAAAACAAUUGCCCAAAAUGGCGAUAAAGUUUCAUCAAGACCAGUGAAUGGAAAAUCAUCUGCUUCUUGCAGUCAACAGUUGGAUUUGAAACCAGAUAUAAAACCAAGCAUGCAAAUGUGCUCCAAUGCUUCUGUAAUAUCUGGAACUACACAACGUGCUUCUCAGACAGUGGAUUUGCAAAUUGAGGGAGAACAAAAAGAACAAUUGGGUUGUUCUAGAACACCAAUUUCUGCUGCAAAUUCCAUGGGAAAAGUGCCUCUUGAUGCAACCCCACGAUCUGACUUCAUUAGAUUGAAUUCCCAAACAAGGAAUGGAUGCAAGAAAUCAAACUCAAGUAUAAUGUCAAAGAGUUUUGGAAACAGUGAAACUGGUACGUUUGAAAAAGUUUCUACACCAUUGUUACCUUCUGAUAAUCCAAACUUGGGCCCAUUAUAUUAUGAGCCCCCUCGAUUGACAGAUUUCGAUAUUCCUAUCAUCAGUGAGAUAUUGAAUACAGACAGUUGUAUUCAACACUUGUACAGCCCUCGGAAUAUAAACUCACCCACUAUUUCGCGUACGCCAAGUCAUUUGAAGCGUGCUGCUAUUAGUGACAGCAGUCCUGAGUCAAUAUUGAGGAGUGCUGCUAAGAGUUUUACAAAUACCCCAUCCAUUUUAAGGAAGAGGUCAAGGGGAGCUUCUUCUUCACCUGUACGUUUGAAUGGAACUCGAGGAUCCACCAAUUGCAUAGAAACACCAUCUGGUUCGUGUACUCCUGAAGCUAAAAUUGCAAGUGAAUGUAGUGAUCAAAGAUUGGGGUCUGGACCAGGUGAGACUACACCAGAAGAUUGUGAUGGUGGAUACAAUGCUUUUAGUGGAACAUCCCUUUUCACUUCUUCACCAUACUAUUUGAAGCCAAAACGUAAAAGUAAUGCUAGAUCAGUGGAGAAACAGCUGGAGUUUCCUUUAGAAGAGGGGCAUCAUACUGGUGGAAUGAGAUUUAGUUUCUUGUCAAUCAAUCCUGAGAGUCAUGAUCCUGUUAGUGAUCCCAACAAGAGGUCUUUCGAUACAUUAGAAAAGACAGCAGCUGGAUUUGAAGUCUUAACCAAGGACUGUAAACCCGCCACCAAGAUGAAUGUCAAUCUUGGCAUGGAACAGGGGAUGCCAAUUUCAUAAGGCCGGUCAUUGUUCACCAUUGAGAAGAAUUAUCGUAUGAAAAUAUACAGAUGGAUCAGAUCACAGACAAUCCACGGUAAAGGCUUGACUGUUUUGGAAGGAGAGAAAUCAUAAAGGGACGAGUCAUUUUAUUGGCAAAAGCAUGGUUCGGAGGAGCCCAGCUUUCUCAUCUACCAGUUCUGCAAGCAUCGGUGAACAGGUUUAUCAACUUUGGAUGAGAGAGAAACAUGCAGCGAGAUGUAUCGUGUCAGGAAUGUUCAUACUUUUUUCGAAUAAGAACAGGUUCAUAAUUACUGUGAAAAGUCCCAUUUUUAUGAUUCAUAUGGGCGUUGUGUACCAUAAAAGGCUUCCAAAAGAAGCAAAGGAAGCCUUGAGAAUUGCACUUUGAUGCCUGCCCUGGCUGUUUCUGGUCUCUCUCUCUCACACGUGAAUAGAAACGAUUUAUUUUUAUAGAAGUGUACAAAGAGACUUUUUAUU